AAAAUGUUUCGCAUAGAGAUAAAUGAUCGUUUAGACCAACUACAAAAGCAAAUCAAGUCAGAUGCUGACAAAAAGAAGUUAACAGAUAAACAAACAGUAAAGAAUAUACUUGAAACAUGUACAAACAUUUCUUCAGAUGUCAAACAACUACAGUCGAGACUUCAAGAUUACAAAGCCUCACAGCAGAAUGGACAACUUUACAUUAUAAUGAAGCAAGCUAAAUCAAAACUAAAGUCAGACGAAAUAAAGGAGGCAGACAGAAGUUUAGAAAAAACAAACAUGCAAUACACAUUUGAUCAAAACCAAGACCUGACAAACAUGCUUUCAAGACAAAAUGCAUUUGGAAAGCUCAGUCUUUCGUCUUCUUUUGUAACUUCAAAGGUCAGGAAGCCUAUCGACAAAUUAACCCGCAAAGAAAACAUAAAUGUAAAGACGAAAUCGGACCAGAAGGAAUGCAGGAUCACAGGUUGUGUUGUUCUGUCCUCAAACAAACUUGUGGCGGCUGACAAUAACAACGUUAAACUGAAAGUUGUUGACAUAAAAAAUAAAGCUGUAAUAGAAGAGACAACACUUUCUUCAGAACCAUGGGACAUUGCAGUAAUGCCUCAGGACCAUAUUGCUGUGACAAUGCCAAAGACGAAAGAGAUCCUUAUAAUGACAACAGCAGGUAAACUAUCAACUGUUCGAAAGUUUACAGUUGCAGGAGACUGUAGAGGUAUAGCCUAUCAUCAAGGUCAUCUCUAUACAGUUUGCAUAAAUCCGAAGUGUGUAUUUAUUACCGAUACACAAGGUAACGUCCAGAACACAAUUUUACUGGAUGAUAAGAGAAUUAUCAUUCCAUUCUGCUUACUGCUGAGUACGGAUCUGAGACAUAUCUUCAUCAGUGACUAUGGUAGCCACAGUGUCGUCAGUAUAACAUUACAAGGUGAUAUAUCUGCUGAGUACAAAAACAAAAACUUUUCAUACCCAAUGGGAAUGAUGAUGCUAGACGAUGGAUCCUUGCUGGUGUGUUGCAGAGGCGACAUACAUCGUAUCUCGGCUGAUUUGAAGCAAGGUCACACAAUGAUAGAAGCUCUGUCGUUCCCACGAACAAUUUGCUAUAAUCGUGAACAACAUGAAGUCUAUGUCGGAUGUUUUGGUGAUCAGAUGAUUGUGUUGAGUGCAAAAUAAUGAGUUUUAUGACACUCCAAACAUUUGGUACAUGCAAAAGUACAAUAUUGUGUUAUUUUUCAUAUGCAUUCUUUGUAUGUCGAAACGAUGUUACACAAAUGGAUGUAAUAGAUCUAAUCUUUUAAUCUCAA